AUGGUUGGGUUUAUUCUUAGAGCAUCUGUGAUUGCUUUUGCACUCACAUCCGAUACAGUGUUGUCAGAAACAUUAAGAAUUGUUACUGCUGCGUUCAUUUUCAAGCCAUCUGCAAUUGCUUUUGCACCCAUAAUAUUAUCUAUCAUAAUAUUAAUGAUCAAAAUAAAUCUGUUCAGCAUAAAUACUGUCCUACUACUCCGGAUACCUGGUGCUCAUUUCAUAAAUCGAAAUAUACAUCAACCAGAAAGUGGUGAUAAAGCCAAGCAAAGAUUAGAUCCUGUAUUUCGUGAUGUUUUAUCCAAAAUAAUCGAGGAUCUGACAGACCCUGAACUUCUUCGUAGAAGUUUACGCGGGCUGACUCAGAGUUCAAAUGAUGUUGGUCUGUUACCAUUUUGCGAUACAUUAGGAUUAGAUGUUAAUUAUUCAUUAUUGGACAGUUCAUUAGCAAAAGAUUCAAAACGUCUUGCUAAGCCCGAGUCUGUAGUAGCAAAACGAGAGACAGUAAUUGAACGGAAAAAACAAGCUCGUUCAAAGUCACUGACAACUGAACGUGAUAUUUCUGAAUAUGGUGCAGGAGCUCAUUAG